CGUUUUGCCCACAACGGUAUUUUUCUGUAAGCAGUUACACUGUGGUUUGCAGCCAUUUCUUUCAUCGGCUUGUAUCCUGUUAUCCAGCGUUGUUUGAGAGGAGUGUCUCCUGCCUGUAACGCAAAGUUCGGAGCAAACCCAAGUUAGAUUUUCCUCUCGUUUUCUCGGCUGGCUUCCUUGCCAGCUGAAUCUCGUCGGGAUGGACCCAGCAAGCCGAUAUCAAGUGUUGCACAAUGAGGACGACUCUUCGGAGGCGUCCGCCGGUGACCGGCAGCCGUGCACUUCUGCCACAGCCCAGGCUGGUACGUCCAGCCAGGACCAGGGCCAGGACCAGGGCCAGGCCCAGGCCUGCGCGGCCACUGCCUCGUCAGCGGGGGAGGCGUCGGGAUCAAGGACACAAGGGGAAGCAGAGGCACCCCCACCUCCGUACGCCUCCAUUGACCUGGGAGCAACUGCCGCUGCACCUGAGACUAGUUUCCGAGGCGACUUCCCAGUGCCGCCGCCCUACAGUGUCGCCACCUCCCUGCCCACAUAUGACGAAGCGGAGAAGGCCAAAGCAGCUGCCAUGGCUGCCUCCGCUGUGGAGGUGAUGCCACGGGAUGACGAAUUCCCACCCAGAGAUGAUUUCAGUGACGCUGAUCAGCUGCGAGUUGGAAACGAUGGAAUCUUCAUGCUGGCCUUUUUCAUGGCCUUUCUGUUCAACUGGAUCGGAUUCUGUUUGUCCUUCUGUUUGACCAACACCAUCGCAGGACGCUACGGUGCUAUCUGUGGCUUUGGUCUGUCCCUCAUCAAGUGGAUUCUCAUUGUCAGGUUUUCCGACUACUUCACCGGCUACUUCAAUGGUCAGUACUGGCUCUGGUGGAUCUUCCUGCUGCUUGGUCUCCUGCUGUUCUUCAGAGGUUUUGUCAACUAUCUAAAAGUUCGCAACAUGUCAGAGAACAUGGCCACUUCUCAUAGAACACGCCUCUUCUUCCUCUAUUAAAGGUUUCCACACUAUCACCAUUCCUUUUCAAUGUGAAGUUCCUUCCCUCCCCCUCGAAUGACCUGACUGAGGAGCGUUGCAGCGAACAGAGGAGACGGGGGAAGGAAUGAAGGAAAAGAAAGUAGGGAGAAAGUGUUACCAGUCUCAUUAAAAGCAUAACGCGACUUACUCUGCGGUCGCAACACCUCCGAACCGAGCCGACAAAUACAUCUUAACGUCUCCUCCCUGGCUUUGUUUUUGUGUUUCAUUUUCCUUUGAUUCAAAGCUUUAAAUGCAGUUGUGAGAAAUGCCGAGCCCAGUGCAUGUGCAGGAGCGUGACUGACCUUAGCCAACACUUGGCAUAAGGACAGAUAAUCCAAAAUCACUAAAUGAAAGCACAAUGAAACAACGUCUUAAUGCAUUUGUCAUUUGAUAAUAUUACUUUCUCUGUGUUUUCACAGUGACAACCAUGUCAUCAGCUCAUAUUUGAAUGAGAAAACCUCAGUGUCUAUAAAGUGACAUUUACACAUUAAAAUAGAAAAUGCGUAGGAGUUGUGAACCCAUUCUGAGCCUUUGAUAUUCAGAUUUUCCCUCCAACUUUGCCUCGUUCGUCGACCGAGUAAGGAAUUCACCCUCUGCACAUUACAAUACACCUUCAGCAGUUUAAAGUGCUAGUUUUGUUUUACCAUUCCACAUUGUUUAAUUUCAGGGUGUUUUCAAUAAGUCUUACUUUAACUGUGAUGUAGCGUUUUUACGCCAAAUUAAAUCUUACUUGACAGUUUUAUAAUUAGGAUCCUAACACCUCAGCCUCUCUACACCUGGGGAAAAAAAAGAAAAGUAGAAGCCAGAAAGGAAAAGUGACCCAGUACCACAGGGCAGAAAACACACUGGAAUUUGUGGAAACUCUUUCACAAUGUCCAAGUUUUUGAGACAUUAAGCCCUGACCUUCGGACUUUGGAUGAGCUCGCUGAAACAGGAAAUGGCACAAUUUUGCUCUUUAAUCUAUGAGUCAUUAAGCAAAUGUUUGAGGCGAAAAACUGAAAUCUUAGACUGGUAGUUAAAUGCACAUCUGUUAAAAAAAAAAAAAAAGAGUUUGUAAACCUGAACUAACUAACCUGAAAUAUGCACAAACAGAUCUGCAGAAAUGUCUUUGCUUUCUAAUGAUAACUGUCACGCUGACCUGACCUAUGCAGACGCAGUUCUAUUCCAUCGUGACAUUUUUAGAAAAGGAGGGCUAUAUUUAUCUCUGCACUGGUUGGCGUUCUCUCUGUCUGAAUCAAAGCAAAAUGAAAAGAAAGUUUCCAAAACAUGAAAACCAAAACGUAAUAAUUUAUCAUCUUCUCGGGGUGGGGGGUUCAUCGCAACCGAUCUCCCCGGUCCCCUGUAAAGCGUCAUAAACACCGGCUUUUUCUUCUCCACACCGAUCGCAAAACAGUCUCUGUAAGCUACCCGAGGACCACGGCUAAUCAGUGAAAGCUCCUUGGAUAAAUCAGUGUUUUUUAGGCCACGCGGGCUGCUCCAGCAGGAUCAGUGGAAAGUGGCUCAAAGGCAGGAGGACGGCGUCGUACGCGCCUCCUGCUUCGCUGCUGUGGAAGUGGAAUAAGCAUUUUUACAUACAGUGCAGUGCAGUAACUGUUAACGUGCCAGGCUUGAGUAAAAACUCUUUGGAGUCUAAGAGUCUUAUGCAAUUUAGUUACUUGUCAUGACCUACAAUAAUAUUCUUGUGGAUGUAGAGUCCUGUGGUAAUGGAAUAGAUGUAGUUGAAUAGUUUAGUCAUCAGAGAUUGAGAUCCACUUAUGAUAUCAGGUUUGGUCCAGAGCAAAGUGUUCUUUAAUUUUUAGAUAAAGCUGAAGUGCUGACUGGACAAGUAAGAAGUGUGUGUGUGUACUGUGCACACUCGCCAACAAGAUUAUUUCAAUUACCAGUAAAUCAGAGGAAAAUGCAAUGCAAUAAAAUCAGUAAGACUGUGACUGGUUCUGCAUGUUCUGCAUGAGUUAGAGAAAACCAGCACGUGGAUCUCUCUCUGGGAUUUUGGUUUUUAUGAUAAGAUUAGAUUUGAAAAUUUCUUCCUUUUUCUUUUGACCGAGCGAGAAGCUUUUGGUGAUGUAGCUCCUGAUGGGAGGGUGGCUUCCGUGUGGACGAAAUUACCUUUAUUAUGUGAUAAACUGAGAACAAUAUCAGCAGAUGUUGCCAUUUCUGUGACGUGUGUGUGUGUGUACAACAGCGAUGAAGUCAGGGGAUACUGUCCAGCGUGAAUGGAGCAUGAGUAGCGUGCGUCAUGAAAAUGGAGCCUGACUGGACAAAGAAACAGAAACCUGGUUUUGAUUAUUAUUUUUUGUCAUCCAGAAAAUGAAAUGUAUAUACCAGCUUAUGCCAAUUCAUAAUAUUUGCACUUUGAAGAACUUCUGUACAGUAUGAUUUAUGAAUCUGCUUAACUUGAUGCGGGGGUAGAACCUUUAAAAAGUUAUCUUAGCCAUCCAAGUUUUUCAACUGGAAUUCUUAAUCAUCCCAAAUGGAUAAUUUGCCUUUUGCACUUUUUAUUUUUCAAAAAUGAUAAUAUUGUUAUUGUGUGUCUCGUUUCAUCGCUUUUAGCCUAAACUGUGACAGCUUGAGUAUUGCUAAACUUUCAAACUUUUUUUAAGCUUUCUUUUCUUUUUUUUGACUCUGGUCAUAUCCCACUUAAAAGCCUCUUUCAGCAAUAUCAAGAUCUUUCAAUGAAUUUAAGCUCUGCUGCAUGAUUUAUCCACUCGAAUGAGUGGGUUAAUAUUAGGAUUAAUCUAGUACAAAUACAUUUCUUUGUUUGUAAAUAAAUGAAGAAAAAAAAAUGAGACGGCAGCCAAGUAAAUUUUUUGUCCAGAAUAAUACUUGUAACAUCUUCUAAAACACUUGUUAUGCAUUUAUUGUAAAUUGUAACUGGAAUUUAAUUGACAGAUGAUGUCUUGCCAAAAUGCCAAUAAAGUUCAAAAACCUGCCAGUUAA